GUUGGCAGCACUCUGUCCCUAACGCUGUGGCAGUCCCAACGAUAGGGUUUCACUCUCUCCGGGCCCUAGGAGAGCUCAGUCGGUGACAGUCGGGGAAUAGAGUGACCUUACCUGGGGGACUACUUUGUGGACCUUUAAACCCAACACACCGGCUUACCUCCAGGAUACAGGAUACCGCACUCAGCAGCUACCAUGGCUCUCAACGCCCCUGCCCCUCCAAACAAGAGGAAGAACCUGAACAAGAUCAUCACGGAUCUGACCAAUGUCAGCCAGAAUGAUGACGAAUCUGACCCUGAGGCGUCUGAGUUUGACCUUGGCACCAAGAUCAAGACCCCCAAGGACGUGAUGCUGGAGGAGCUGUCCCUCAUGUCGAACAAGGGCUCCAAAAUGUUCAGGAUGAGGCAGCAGAGGGUGGAGAAGUUCAUCGUCACCAACGAGAACAUGCAGAACCUGGAGAACCUGCUGAUGUCACCGCCCACCCCUCCACCCAGGCCAGAUAUGCCAAAGCCCGAAGUGGUGGAGGAGACGGUGAACGAGGAGGACGAGAAGGAGAAGAGGAGAAUCGAGUAUGUGCGUAACUACGUAUCGCCAUGGGAACGGGCCAUGAAGGGGAACGAGGAGCUCACAGCAACCAUGAAGGCCAGCAUGCCGGGGCCAAUCGAGAUCCACCUGGACCUGCCCAGCUUCAAGAGCUUCAACAGGUACACACACAUACACACACACACACACACACACACACACACACACACACACCAGACCUCUGACAGCGUGCUGCUGUGUCGUUGUGCCUCCUCUCCUCCAGACUCCCAGGACAGCGGCUCCCUGUGCUUCUGUUUCCGAUGGCUCCUCAUCUGGUUCAAGAGGGAGUUCUCCUUCGAGGACAUCCUCCACCUGUGGGAGGUGUCGGAGAAUGAAUGA